CACUCUGUUCGGCAGGAAGAGUCUCUGCGGCAUCUCUGUCCACGCGCCAGCUAUGGCGCCUGCUCCGGCCGUGCUGACCCGGCUGCUGUGUGCAGGUGUGUGGCGUCGGCCAGGUUUCCUGCAGAAGGCGGCCCCGGGCCUGGCCGGGCUGAAUGGUAGAAUGGUGAUGGGAGCCCAAGUCCCCGUGGUCAACGAGCCCCAGGACGGCGACGAUCCCCAGAGCAGGAUCCUAGAUGUGCCACUGCAGCAUUCGGACUUCUUCAAUGUCAAGGAGCUGUUUUCCGUGAAGAGCCUCUUCGACGCCCGAGUACACCUGGGCCAUAAAGCUGGUUGCCGUCAUAGGUUUAUGGAGCCAUACAUCUUUGGUAACCGCCUGGGCCAAGACAUCAUCGACUUGGAGCAGACAGCCUCGAAUCUACAGCUGGCCUUGAACUUCACGGCCCACGUGGCCUACCGCAAGGGCAUCAUCCUGUUUGUGAGCCGGAACCGGCAGUUCUGUCACUUGAUUGAGAAGACAGCCCAGGACUGUGGGGAGUAUGCCCACACCCGCUACUUCAAGGGUGGUUUGCUGACUAAUGCACACCUCCUCUUUGGGCCCUCAGUCCGCCUGCCGGACCUCAUCAUUUUCCUGCACACGCUCAACAAUGUCUUUGAACCCCAUGUGGCUAUGAGGGAUGCUGCCAAGAUGAACAUCCCCACAGUGGGCAUUGUGGACACCAACUGCAACCCAUGCCUCAUCACUUACCCUGUCCCUGGCAAUGAUGACUCCCCUCAAGCUAUCCAUCUCUUCUGCAAGCUCUUCCGGACAACCAUCAACCGAGCCAAGGAGAAGAGGAGACAGAUGGAGGCACUGCAUCGGCUGCAGAGUUCCAAGGGGUCUGAGGGCAGUGGGACGUCUUCUGUACCUGAUCAGAGCCAUUCCCCAUGACAGGAACCCCUGCUCCCACAGUAGAUAGCCAGGCCUAUUCUGAGCAGGAAGCUCCUUAUCCAGCCCUGGCCCAUUCCCCAUCUUUAGCGUCAGAGUCCUAUAUUUCCAAGAUUUGGCCACCCCAGAGUCCUGAAUUAAACCUUGUCUGCCUCUUUUCUGGGAACAAACACAAGUAAAAUAUAUCCACAUGGCCUCUGGCAUCCAUUAAGAUUUGGACAUAGCUAGCCAAGUAAAAGGCACUGUUUCUUUUGUCAGGAA